AUGCAGCGCACUUUCACCUCAACAGGACUUCAGAUUGUCGUUCUGCGCGUCAUCCUCUCCUUCACGAUACUCAACCUGCAGGAAAACAAUAUAUUUCAGCUUACGCUUUUCAGUAAGCACAUGGGAGGAGAGACGGCCUGGCAGGAGAAACUGGACUUUACUCUCUAA